UUUUUUGUUACUUUUGUCUUGAGGCAGCUAGCUGAACUUUUAUUAAAUUUAAGAUUAAGAAAAAUAUAUUUUAUUUUAUUAAUAAGAUUAAGUGAUUUGUUUAACAUUUAAAAAUUUGUAAAGCAUUUAUUAUAUUAUGGAAGAUAUGCAAACCGAUAGUAAUUCUCAGUCAGAAAUUAUGCAUGAAACAACACAAAGUGAAAAGCGAACUCAAGCGGGCGAAGAAAAAGCCGGCUAUUGUUAUUGUGGCAAGGAUCGUAAUUUAAACAUUGUGGAACUUCUGUGUGCCAGUUGUAAUCGUUGGUUCCAUGAAUCCUGCAUUGGUUAUCAAUUGGGUAAACUGGUGCCAUUCAUAACAAAUUAUGUAUUUGUCUGCAAGAAUUGUUCACCAAGUGGUUUGGAAAAUUUUCGUCGUCAACAAGCCACCAUUCCUCAAAUGUGUAUCACUGCCAUUGCCAACAUGAGACAAAAUUCUUUGAAAGAGGGCAAACCGAAGAGUAUUUUUAGUAAAGAUAAAGAGAUUAUACCAUUUAUAGAACAAUAUUGGGAAUCUAUGACAACGAUGCCGCGUAGAGUUACGCAAUCGUGGUAUACAACGGUACAACGUUCCUUAUUGAAAGAUGUCCAAAUAACAUUUACCUACGAAGAACAUCCCGAAAAUGGUGCUAUGUUUGGUUUGUUAUCUACCGAUUUAACACAUAUAAAGCCUAGUUAUGAGGCUAUGGGAAAAUUAGGGGCAUUGCGGCUGGCCGAAGAUGGUUAUGCUCAAGCUUCUUUAUCAAAAAACAAUAGACAAAAUAAGCGUAAAUUUCCGGGAACAGAUUCGGGCCCAACCGGUAAAAAGGGUAGACCUAGUUCGGAUAUAACCGCUAAUGUUAAAUUACCGGCUCAUGGCUAUCCUUUGGAACAUCCUUUUAACAAAGAUGGUUAUCGCUACAUAUUAGCUGAACCAGAUCCACAUGCUCCCUUUCGCCAGGAAUUUGAUGAAUCUUCUGAUUGGGCUGGUAAACCCAUACCUGGAUGGUUAUAUAGAACCCUAGUGCCUAAUAGUGUCCUUUUGGCCUUGCACGAUCGUGCACCACAAUUGAAAAUCUCCGAAGAUCGUUUGGCAGUAACAGGGGAAAAGGGUUAUUGCAUGGUUAGAGCCACUCACUCUGUUAAUCGUGGUCGUUGGUAUUUUGAGGUUACCAUAGAGGAAAUGCCUGAAGGUUCUGCAACGCGCUUAGGUUGGGGUCAGGAGUAUGGCAAUCUGCAGGCUCCUUUGGGAUACGAUAAAUUUGGUUAUUCUUGGCGUUCUCGUAAGGGUACACGUUUCAGUGAAAGUCAUGGUAAACAUUAUAGCGAAGCCUAUGUAGAGGGUGAUACUCUAGGCUUUUUAAUUGAUCUACCCCAAGAAAGAGAAGUUGAUUAUCUGCCAAAUACAUUCAAAGAUAGGCCACUUGUUAAAUUCAAAUCACAUCUCUAUUAUGAGGACAAGGAUAAAAUCCAAGAGACAUUAAAAAAUUUACGCAUAGCACCGGGUAGUAAAAUAGAAUUUUUUAAAAAUGGACAAUCUCAGGGUGUAGCAUUCAGUGAUAUUUAUGCAGGAUCAUAUUAUCCAACUAUAUCAAUACAUAAAAGUGCUACAGUGAGUGUGAAUUUCGGACCAACUUUUAAAUAUCCAGAAAUCAUAACAAACUAUAAAGCAAAGGGGAUGUACGACCGAGUAGAAGAGUUGAUAUGUGAACAAUCAUUAUCGGAUUUAUUGUACUUAACCGAAAAUGAAGGAAGAUUACGUUUGGAUAAUUUUAGCAUAUAAACAUGAAAUUUUACAAGUUAUUAGUAUUUAAUAAACAAAGUUUUUUAAAUAUGUUCUAA